AUGGCGGGUCGUGGCAAAACUCUCGGAUCUGGUGCUGUGAAGAAAGCUACGACAAGGAGUAGCAAAGCCGGUCUUCAAUUUCCGGUGGGUCGUAUCGCUCGGUUCUUGAAGAAAGGCAAAUACGCCGAACGUGUUGGUGCCGGAGCUCCCGUCUACUUAGCUGCCGUUCUCGAAUACCUCGCCGCCGAGGUUUUGGAAUUGGCUGGUAAUGCAGCAAGAGAUAACAAGAAGACGAGGAUUGUUCCGAGGCAUAUUCAACUUGCAGUGAGGAACGAUGAAGAAUUGAGCAAAUUACUUGGAGAUGUGACGAUUGCUAACGGAGGAGUGAUGCCAAACAUUCACAGUCAUCUUCUUCCUAAGAAGACUGGUGCUUCCUCGAAACCAUCUGCUGAUGAUGAUUAA